CGAGCGGUGAUGAGAGGAGGCAUCGUUGGGGCGGCGGCGCUGCUGCUCCUGGGCUGCUCCGCCUACCAGCCUGGCGCGCCGCACGGGCCGCCGCUCCGCCAUCAGCGCAGCCGGGCAUCGACGCUGUGCGCUGAUGGCAGCGCACCGGGGGCAGACGGCGGCGAGGGGGCCGCGCCGAAAGACUCGGCUGCAGCAGAGGAGGAUUCGCUUGCUCGCGAUCUUGCGGAAGAGAUUGGCACGCGGGAGUUCACCUCCGAGCUCUACGCGCACCUGCAGCGGCGACCUGACUACGAAACUUCUGAGCUGUACAAAGCUCUGCGGAACCGGAUCGACGUCGUCGACCCAAUCUACUCCAACCUGGAGGAGGCAAAGGGGCGCGAGGCGGCGGUGCCAACGCCCGGGCAGACCCCAGGCGAGAUCAUCGACCUGGUGCUGAUCGCUCUCCGCGAGGACCGCGCGGAUCGCAGUAACCCUGCCGCGGGCGUCGAGACUCUCAUGCGCUUCUCGGGGCCUGGCUCGAGCAUCCACAUGGGCUCCUCGGUCACGGCUCCGAUGCUGCUCGGGUACUUUCAAGACUCAAAGUACGCUGUGCUGCUGGACUGGGUGUCGGUCUCGUACCCGAAGAAGCUCGAGCUGUCCAUCGACAAGAAGAAGGCGCUGCAGCAGUGCCUGCUCCGGGGCAGGAGUGGCGAGGCCGUGCCGGUGACCUUCCAGUUCACAAAGCACGAGACGGUCGACGGGCAGAUCUGGCUCAUCGACCAGGUGCUCGUCAAGGGCGUCUCCGCCGACUGACGAGGCCACCAGGCUUGCCGCCGCGUGCUUUUGCCCAGUGCAGGAGGGGAGGCCGACCGCCACGCACCGCGGCAUGGUAGACGCCCUUGUUUGCUCCUAGAACGCCCUCGCACCGCAGCAACGCGUCACAUAAUACACGUCCGAGCACAACACAUAUUGGCUCCGCUGUCCACAAGGUACGCCGUGUACGCGAUUUCUCUAGAGUUUUUUACGGCGCGAUUUUGUCCGAGAGGGCACGAUGAUCGAUGACCGUGUGUGUGUUGUGAGAUGCAACCAUAUGUGUGUAUGCGCGAGGCUAUCCUCUCUCUUCCACCACCGGAUCUACAUCUGGGUGCGACAAGCCGCGAGUGGCACAGAAGUGGUGACUGGUGUCCCCCCCCGGGCGAGGCGGCGUCGCGGCGUGUGCGCUGGGUGGGGCCGCCGCGGUCCCGCGGAUCGGGCCAAGCUGAUGACCUCUUCUACACCCCUGGCCCUUCCCGGCAUGCGAGACAUGCACGGCACGCAUAAGCUGCCUCCGUUGCAGCCCAGUAGCGUAGUACGAUGCACCCUGGUCCCUGCACGAGCAGCGCCGAGGCUCGGGCCUGAGGCGCGGCGGCGAUGCUCUCGUGUCUCCUCCGACGCUCGUCCUCGUGUCCGAUGCCUCCCCUCUAGCGGAGGGCGAGGACGACCGCCACGUAGAGGAGGUAUUUGGCGAGGAAGAAGAGGAGCUCCAUCGGUUGCAUCAGCUGCCGGUCCGCCACGCUGACGAUGGCAGCGACAAGCAUGGGCGCGCCGGCCAAGCCGAACGUCGCGGCGUCGCGGAGGGACGUGGCUGGGGGGGCACCCCGCCACGUGGCGGGGGGGGGAGCCCGCCCGCCAGAGGAGGGAGGCGGAGGUGUAUCAAUCACCUUAUGCCCGCCAGAGGAGGGAGGCGGCGCCGCACGCCAGCUCUCCCCUCCGUCGCUAGCCUGCGAGCCCCACGCGCCUGCCCCCCCCUCGACGGGGGCGACGGGGGCGACCGGGAAUGGGGGCUGCUGCGGGGGAGGCGGCGGG